UAAGGGACGCUUUUACGUGACAGAAUGGAUGAACAGUCACAAGGCAUGCAGGGGCCAACUGCGCCGUCAUUUCAGCCUCAGAAAGCUUUGCGACCUGACAUGGGCUAUAAUACGCUUGCCAAUUUCCGAAUAGAGAAAAAGAUUGGCCGUGGGCAGUUCAGUGAAGUUUACAGAGCAACCUGCCUGUUGGAUGGUGUACCAGUGGCACUGAAGAAGGUUCAGAUAUUUGAUCUAAUGGAUGCCAAAGCCCGUGCUGACUGCAUCAAAGAAAUAGAUCUUCUUAAGCAACUGAAUCAUCCAAAUGUAAUUAAAUAUUAUGCCUCAUUCAUUGAAGAUAAUGAACUGAACAUAGUGCUGGAGUUGGCUGAUGCUGGAGAUCUCUCUAGAAUGAUAAAG